AUGCAGGGCGGAACGUGUGUGACUUUCGGAAUUGUGUUUUCCGUCGAGUUGUUACAGAAAUGUGCUUGCAAGUGGUGCAGCAAGGCUUUCUGGGGAAUGUGGAUGGCCACCCAGGCAGUGAGUGGCCUCAGAACCCACGUUGACAGAAAGGAAGGGCAUGUCAAUGGAAAGUGGGGAUGCCUGUGGGAAAGGGAAGAGAAAGGGGCGCGCACACAUGACCUGCAGCCUGAAGCACCUGGCCCUCCUCCCUUGACAAACAAUCAGGAGAGCAAGGUUUUGAAUUGUUCACGGCGCAAGUCCAAAAAAACCACAGCAGCAAGCAAAGGGGGUGAAGCAAGGGGAGGUAAAUAG